AUGGACUACAGUCAAUCGUAUCGUUUAAUAUUUACUAGUACAGCUCUUUUCUUAUUGUUAAAAUUUAUUACUUUGACGGUAGCGACGUCAAAUGCCAAUGUUAUUAAAAUGAUACCAAGAAAAGUCUUAUCCACAAAGACUUACAAAUCAGGGUGGAUCAAUGUUGGUAAUAUGCAUAGCAGUCGAGCAUUUCAUACAGCAUCGUUACUACCAGAUGGAAGGGUACUAGUUACUGGUGGUGAUACUGGUACAGAUACGACAAAUGGUACAGAAUUGUAUGAUCCUUCAACAGGACUUUGGACAACUACUGGUAGCAUGCAUUAUGCACGAGAUAGUCAUCAAGCAAUGGUAUUAAGGGAUGGUAAAGUAUUAGUUACUGGUGGAGAUAAUUCCAGUGCUGAGAUAUAUAACCCAUCAACAGGAAAUUGGACAAUCACUGGUAGCAUGGCAUAUAAACGAAAUUUCCAUAUAUUAUCCUUGUUGGAAAAUGGACAAGUAUUGGUUACUGGUGGACUUGAUGUCCAAACGGCAGAAUGCCGGAGUAGUGCUGAAUUGUAUAACCCAUUGACAGGAAUUUGGACGAUUACUGGUAAUAUGAAAGAUUCACGAGCCUGUCAUACAGCGACGGUCUUAAGAAAUGGAAAAGUAUUAGUUACGGGUGGAAUUAGCACUGGAUCCCAACGGUAUCUGAAAAGCGCUGAAUUGUACGAUCCAUCAACAGGGAGUUGGACAUCUGCUGAUAGUAUGAGAGAUAUGCGAUUCUUUCACACAGCCUCGCUGUUAGACAAUGGGAAAGUAUUAGUUACUGGUGGAUCUCAAGACACUGCCGAACUAUACGAUCCAUCAAUAGGACUUUGGGCAGCUACUGGUAGUAUGCAUUAUGCGCGAACAAAUCACCGAGCGUCCAUGUUAAGAAAUGGUCAAGUAUUAGUUACUGGCGGGGCUGUUGAUACUUAUUAUGUUUCGAUAAACAGCAGUGAAUUGUAUGAUCCAGCAACAGGAACAUGGAUAACUACUAAUAACAUGCAAUAUACUCGAUUGGCGCAUGAGGCAACCAUUUUAAAAGACGGCCGAGUAUUAGUUACUGGUGGCGAAGACGGUAAAUACCUAAAGACAACUGAAUUAUACUACGAUUAA